AUGGAAGCAAAUAUUUUGAACUCAAUAGAUGAGACAGGGAGGACUCCACUGCAUUAUGCAGCAUCAAUUCGUUAUCUAGAAGGGGUUCGCUUCUUAGGCAGACGUCCCGUGGAUUCUCAUAGAAAGGAUCAUUGUGGCAACUUUCCGAUCCAUUAUGCUUCAAGCAAAGGUCAUGUCGACAUUGUUAAAGAGCUACUUCGACAUUGUCCCGAAUCAAUGGAGCUGACGAACUCAAGUGAACAAAAUAUACUCCAUGUUGCAGCAAGAUGUGGCAAGGACAAUCUUGUCAAAUAUUUUCUCAAGAAGGUUGAGUUUCAAAUGUUGAUAAACCAAAAAGACAACAAAGGAAAUACUCCUUUGCACUUGGCAAAGAUGUACCAUCAUCCGAAGGUUGUGGACCUUCUCGCUUUGGAUAGAAGGACCAACUUAAAGGUCUUGAAUGAUAGGGGCAUGACAUCUCGUGAUAUUUCAGAAAGCGCUUCGGAAACUAGUGCAUCAUAUCAUGGGUGUGUUAGGUACAAGACAGCAUUUAGUAGUCUAGAAAUUGAACAAAGAACUAAAAGGAGAAACAAGUAA